ACUUUUGGAAAAUCCAUGGACCCGCUCAUAGACCAGGUUCACGAGCCGGAAAAAGAGGGAAAAUUUGGCGCGUCGCUCGUGGCAGGCAGGGGCAGCAAUCCCAAAUUCCCAACGAGUCAGCGACGCAAAACCUCGUUAAAAUCCACGCCACGCGCCGCGAAACCGGAGCGAUUUCCAUCCUUUCUUUCCCCCUUGGCCACGCCCCCAAUCGCCGUCGCAGCGUGCGCGUCUCCUCCUCCUCCCCCCGAUGGCCGCCGCCUCGCGCGCCGGCGACCCGCCGGAGUCCACGCGCCUCCGCCUCGGCGACGACAUCGCCUGGUCCGAGAUCAACGGCGUCUACGACCGCGACGACUCCCUCAAGGAGAACACCAACCCCAAGUGCCUCCUCAAGAGCCACCCGCACCACAACGGCUCCUCGCAGAGGUUCUCCGGCAACCUCAAGCCGACGGCCGCGCCCAUCAUCGGCCUCUCCGGGAAGCUCGGCGCCCAGGGCGGGGGCGCGCGGCGGCAGCAGCAGCACCACCCACCGGCCAUCUUCCCCAAGAAGGCCAGGACGGGGGGCGGCGGGCGCGCGCCCAGGGCGGCCGUCCCGGAGCCCGAGUCGCCCAAGGUGUCCUGCAUCGGGAAGGUCCUCUCCGACCGCGAGCGCGCGCGCUUCGGCCGGCCGCCGAGGCCGCGCGGGGGCUCCAGGCCGCCCGGGUGCUGCGGCGGGCUCGGGUUCUUGAUGCGGCGCAGCCGGUCCAGGAACAGCGCCGUGGAGUGCGUCGGCCAGUCCCCGCCUGCUCCGUCGCUGCCGCCUCUGGCAGAGGCCGCGAGGAGGAGCGAGGCGAAGGUUGCCGAGGCCGAGGCGGAGGAGGAGACGGCGCCGGCGCCGGGGCUCGGAGGCAUGCUGCGGUUCGCGUCGGGGAGGCGGGCGCCGGAGUGGGCGGCGGCGAUGGAGGAGGACGACGGACGCGUGGCGAGAUCUGGGCCGUUGUAGCGCGUGCAGGAGCGGCGGUAGUUGAGGGGUGGCUUUCGGUUUGGUUGUGGAUGCGCUUUACGUGUAGUUGAGCUGUGUACAUACCGCAAUUUCAGUUUGGAUUGACAAAUUUUGGUUGCUCUGCCGUGGCUUGUUUUCAUUUGCUGCAAGUUCGAUUGUAGUCUUGGAGCUCACUAUCUGUACAGAAAUUGAUAGAGUUUUCAGUUCUUGAUCAAUUUUAUCAGAUCACUACUUCAGACUACAGUUUUGAUCAUGUAUGCAUAACCUUUUCUGA